CGUGAACCCUGACGUUACCCACGAACCAAUGGCAGGAUCACGCGAGCACAGGUAAUGCGUUUCCAGGCGAAAAACGAUCGACGACCCGCGGUUGGAUGCCGAAUCGAGCGAUGGGCGGCAACCACCGCAAGGCGCAUGCCGACGGUGGUCGCGUUAAAAGGUCCCGCCCCCCUCACGGCGUCGCGUUCGGUAAGAUCCCUCCGACGGAGCAGCUGUAGUAGCUGGCGAGAUCGGACUGCCACUUCGUCGCUCAGUGUUUUUAUCAGACAUUGCGGCUUUAUUGCGAUCUCCGAUACAUAAUACAAAUUGACGGAAUCGCAGAAAAUGCUGGUACCAUCAGACAUGUUAGCCGCUCAGUCCAAACUGCUUUAUCAGUUGAAUAAAUUCUACGGCGAACGGGUUCAGGUUCGGAAGGCGGCGAUAGCUAAGACUGUCCGCGAAGUGUGCAAAGUUGUCCAAGAUGUACUAAAAGAAGUGGAAGUGCAGGAGCCACGAUUUAUCUCUUCACUUAACGAUUGCAAUGGACGUUAUGAUGGUUUCGACGUCAUAUCACCUACGGAGUUCGAGGUCGUGCUUUACCUAAAUCAGAUGGGAGUUUUCAACUUCGUGGACGAUGGGUCACUACCUGGAUGUGCUGUUCUGAAACUCAGCGAUGGCCGCAAACGCUCUAUGUCUCUCUGGGUGGAAUUCAUAACCGCUUCCGGCUAUUUAUCAGCUAGGAAAAUCCGUUCCCGUUUCCAAACUCUGGUAGCUCAGGCAUGCGAUAAAUGCAGUUACCGAGACAUCGUGAAGAUGGUUGCUGAUACAACAGAAGUCAAACUGCGCAUUCGCGAACGAUUUGUGGUUCAGAUAACACCGGCUUUCCGCUGCAGUGGACUCUGGCCGAGAUCAGCUGCUCACUGGCCUAUACCUCAUAUUCCUUGGCCUAAUCCAAACCUGGUGGCAGAAGUUAAAACAGAAGGCUUUGAUCUUCUCUCGAAGGAAUGUGUUACUCUGCAAGGAAAGCAGUCUUCCAUGGAAGGAGAUGCCUGGGUCUUGAACUUCGGAGAAGCUGAGAAUCGCCUUCUUCAAGGUGGAUGCCGCAGCAAAUGCCUCAGUAUUUUGAAAACGAUGAGAGAUCGCCACCUGGAUCUUCCAGGAAACCCGGUAUCCAGUUAUCAUAUGAAAACUCUGGUCUUGUACGAAUGUGAAAAGCAUCCGCGUGAAUUAGAAUGGGAUGAGACGUGUCUAGGGGACCGACUUAAUGGCAUACUGUUGCAAUUAAUAUCCUGUCUGCAGUGUCGCAGGUGUCCGCAUUACUUCUUGCCACAAUUAGAUCUUUUCAAAGGGAAGUCCGUCAGCUCGUUGGAAAAUGCUGCUAAGCAGUGCUGGAGAUUGACACGAGAACUACUCACGAAUCCAAGAUCACUAGAAAAACUGUGAAUCACUAAGAGAAAAAAACUUUGCUUCUUAUACCAUCGAAUUUGUUUAAUCUAGCUCCACCAGGACGGCAUUACAACGAUUACUUCAUUUCACGGAGUGCAAAUUAAAUCCGAAAUAGUGUUGAAACCCAUUUGAAAUGAACACAAAUGACUUUCAUACAUAUAUAUAACAAUAUAAAUGCAUCACGUACUUAUUAUUUAAAAAAUAAGGUUUUUCAGGUUUAGAAAGACGAAUUUUCAUCUGCGAGCAUGAAAAAUUUUGUGUUAAGACCAAACUGGCUUUCUAGUGAAUACUUAAUUAGAUGUAGAGAAAGAAACUAAACUGUGUGCUAUCUAAAUAAUCGAAACAACGAUAGAUGUGGUAUGUACUGUUUUUGUUCCACAAAAAAUUUUGUUUAGUGAGCUAGUAAACUCCAUUAAAACUGAACUUCACGAGAACAUUUCGCUCUGAACAUUUAAUUAAAUUGCAAAACAAUAAACUUGUGUUAUGAAUAUUAUGAAGUGAACUGUGAUCGUGCUCUUCGAUUAGAGAUUGUUUGUGUAGAAUACUAAGUGUACAGUUUGUUUGCAUUUGUACAGAAAUACUGACAGGUAGAUAUACAGCUUCUAUUGUUUUUUGCCCUUAAAUCUAAUAGCUGAUUCCUUUUAAAGCAAAAUGAUGGCUAUUUGUAUGCUAGGGUAUUAUUAAAUUUUGAAGUAAUAUAAA